AUGCGGGCCCUCGCGCGCGCCGCGUCGCUGCUCCGCCACGCCGCGGUGUCCGCGCCCACUACGGGGGCGCUGCACCACCCGCCGCUGGGCGUAGGCUCGUGCCUCGCGAAGGUCUGGACCCCUCUCUCCUCCCCUUCCCCUGUCCUCGGUGCGGCGGUGCGCCGUCGCCUGGCUCUCCACGGCGGUGCUGGCGGUGGGCUGAGUCUGCUCGCCGCCUCGAAUCUGCUAGGUUUCUUUUUCAAUGGGUAUUCUACUCUUUUGGCUCCACAAAGUGAAGUGCUGAUUCCACCAGAACUUCUUUCUAGCAGGACUGUGUGGACACCAGAUCGGGAGCUUGGGCAGUAUGAAGACCUGGUAGCUAGGGUUACAAACUUCCAUAAUGAGGACAAGGGCUUCAUGGUUUUGGAUGGUGAUGUUUUUGAUGUUCCAAUUAGGAAGGAUAUUGUUCACUGGGUAGUAAGGUGGCAGCUUGCUAAAAGACAGCAGGGGACACACUCAACUAAAACUAUCAGUGAAUUCCGUGGUGGUGCAACCAUGCAUGGACCUAAACCACGAAGCCAUGCAAUCAAGCUGCAGAAGAAAGUACGGCGGCUGGGGCUUAAGAUUGCCUUGUCUGCUCGUACUGCAGAGGGGAAGCUCUUGGUCUUUGAGGACUUGGAAGUCCCUAGCCACAAGACAAAAAACAUUGUGCAAUACAUUAGCCAGAUGGAUGAUACAAAGAAGGUUCUGUUGGUGGAUGGAGGCGACAUUGAUAAGAAGCUAAAGCUGGCUACUCAAAACCUUCACUAUGUUAAUGUACUUCCUUCCACUGGCCUGAAUGUUUACAGUAUCCUUCAGCAUGACACCCUUGUAAUGACUCGGGCCGCUAUCAACAGAAUCGUCGAGCGGAUGCAUACCCCCAUCAACCGCUAG